CCAGGCCCGGCUUUGGAGCAGCAAAAGGCAGAUAAAAGCGACUGUCGGUCUGCGCAGCGGCGGGCCUCAGCGGCCGGAAAUGGUCGCAAUGGUUGCUCCAUUUGUCGCGUGGCAACAUGGGCAGUCAUGUAUCCUCACAGCUAGCAGGCUGCUGAGAGCAGGCAAGAGAGAGGCGCGACUGACGGCGACUGCCGUCUGUCUCUCUGAUGAUUAUGCGGGAGGCAUUGUCCAGGCGCUCCGGGUGUCAGAUAUGCACAAGCAGUGCUCAGGUUCCAACGGAUGUGAUUACACUAGAUGGGCUUGGAUUGGACAGGAUGAGUUGACAGGCUGGCCGAACCAAUUUGGGACGGCAUGCGAGGAUUGCUCAGUUGGCGAAAUAUGGUUGGUGUAUUCUGUUCCGGUGUCGUGGUUUUACUUUGGUGCUUUGAGUGCCGUCUCAGUACCGUACCUGGCGAUCGGUGAUAGCCCGUCGACCUCGGACCAAGAUGUCGACGACGACGACGACGUGGACGGCUGGCAGCCGACUGAGACCUGCGAUUAUCCUACACAGGGCGGCCUGACAAGAACGGAUAUCACCAUGAUCUAUGCGUCCUCGUAA